AUGGCUAUCUACAAUCCGUUCGCCAGGCGCGAAUCCCACGGCCGUUAUGCGCUGUCGACGUAUCGUGUCCUUAUUCCUCUAACAUGGCUGCUCGUCGUCAUAUUUGGCGUCUACUACACUUUGCACUCUCCAGAUGAUAUUAAGCAUGGUCGUAAAAUCUUCAAGCAGGGACACGUUUACAUCACUCCCUUCAGUUUGAACACCGCGAUUACUGAGAUUUACUGGGUUCUUCUGCUCCUCACCCAGCUCAGCUAUGUUUACCAUCUGUUCUCAAACGAUGGCGCCAUCGCCAACGCAGCUGCCAACGUCGGAUCUCAUUUCAUCUUGAACAACCUCUUUACCCUCGCCUGGAUCCUUUUAUGGACUCGCGGCCACUUCUGGGCCUCAGAAAUCAUGCUGGCCGCAAACUACCUCAACCAGCAUGCUGCCUACUGGCGUCACCGGGCCCUGCCGACGUUCGUACAUCUAUCGGCAAUCGCAGGCCCCUACGCCUGGACGCUGAUGGCACUUUUCUGGAAUGGAGCCGUCGCAGUCGGCAGCAAUAGUUUCCCCGCGCGUAUUGCCGCCAAUAUCUUCAUCUGGUUGAUUUUCGCCUUCGGCUCGACCCACAUCAUGGCAACCCAGGAUGACCUCUUGGGCUACUGUCUGACUUUCUUGACUCUUGCUUUGGCCGUCAAGCAACUGGCAAUCAAGGUCAUUGCGCUGCAAUGGAUCUUUGCCUUUGUCAUCUUCGCUGUCUUCCUCAUCGAGUCGAUUUACCUAUCUAGCACCAAGUACUCCGGUCGCGACUCGCUAUUCCGUAGAAUCACGGCGCCUGAGCCUACUGACCGCGAGAGAGAACCUCUGCUCAAUAGUGCCGCCAAUCCUUAAAGAGGAGCGCUGUCGCUGCUAGCCUCUACAGGACUCGAUUUGUACAAUUGAGUCCAAUACUGAGUUAUCGGAUUUGACAAAUUGGAUUGUUAUUUCGCAGGAAGUUUCACGUCAGCCUUACCUGCUAAUUAUUGAUAUGCACGACGUCCCACGAAUGCUUCAUGUUCUCUCCCCUCUCAAUUUGUUCCUCUACCUUCCAGUCUAUUACCCCUUAGUCAAAAGUCCGACAAUAACCCAGCUGACUGCCCAGUGCUUAUUGAACAUCUGCUUGAAUUAUAUGUUUGCUGCGUUGUCCUAGGAGAUUGCCUACCUUGGUACUGGUGGGGCACUUUGACAAGUGCGUCCACGGUUCUCGAAGUUUUUAUCUUAUAUCUAGUCUAUCUCUCAAUCCUUCGGCUCAUCUAGUCUAGCUUCAAUUUAUGCUGAGUUGACCGAUC